AUGUUCCUCAUGUCCUACAAUAAUCAGACUUUCAACUCUGACUUCAUCCUGCUGGGAAUCUUCGACCACAGCCCCGCCCACACCUUCCUCUUCACCCUCGUCCUAGCCAUCUUCUCGGUGGCCUGCAUGGGGAACUCUGCCAUGGUGCUUCUCAUCCAGCUGGACCCCCGGCUGCACACGCCCAUGUACGUCCUCCUCAGCCAGCUCUCCCUCAUGGACCUCAUGCUCAGCUGCACCACCGUGCCCAAGAUGGCUCUCAACUACCUGUCUGGCAGGAGGACCAUCUCGCUGGCUGGUUGUGGAACCCAGAUCUUCUUCUAUGUCUCCCUACUCGGAGCAGAAUGCUUCCUGCUGGCUGCCAUGGCCUAUGACCGCUAUGUGGCCAUUUGCCACCCACUGAGAUACCAGAUUCUCAUGAGCCAGAAAAUCUGUGGGCUCCUGGCAGCUGCUUCCUGGCUCCUUGGCUCCUCUGAUGGUAUAAUUGUCCUUGCAGUUGCACUGUCCUUUCAGUACUGUGGUGCCCGGGAAAUACCCCACUUUUUCUGCGACGUGCCUUCCAUCCUCGCUGUCUCUUGCACUAGUACCUCGACCUUUGAAAGGAUAAUGUUCAUCUGCUGUGUGAUUAUGCUUCUCUUGCCUGUAGCAGUCAUCAUUAUUUCCUAUGUGCGGGUUAUUCGGGCUGUCAUUCACAUGGGCUCUGGGGAGGGGCGCCGCAAAGCGUUUGCCACCUGCUCCUCCCACCUCACGGUGGUGGCAAUGUACUACGGAGCGGCCAUCUUCAUAUACAUGCGGCCCACUUCCCACCGUUCCCUCACACUGGACAAGGUGGUGUCGACCUUCUACACCAUCCUCACUCCCAUGCUGAAUCCCCUCAUCUAUAGCCUACGCAACAAGGAGGUGGCCAGAGCCCUCAGGAAGGUGCUGGUGAAGCGCAAGUCUGGACAUCAGGUUGGUUGA